AUGAACGACCGAGCCAGCCCAGAGCAGGGAUCGCGGGCUGUCCCCCCCUUCCCAGCUGACAGCAGCUGCUCUCCAGAGCCCCAACGCGGAGCUGGCAUCGCCGCUGUCGGGCCCAGCGGGGUUUCCAAGCCAUCUGGAGUCCCAGCGUCUUCACCUGCCCGGCCCGGGGUGUGUGUCCAUCCUCCACCCUCACUGGCUGACACCACCAGCAGACCGAACCCGGAUGAGUCGAUCGAGAAGACGGCUUCCUCGGAGGAGGGUAUCGCUGCUGCAUUGCAGCCGGUGGAAAGCCCCAACGCUGUCCUGGGCCAGUUGUGCCCAAACCCAGUUUCCAGCCAGCCCCAGGGCACGACGUGUCCCAGCUCUGCACCCCCCUGGGAGUGGAAGAAGGAUCACAUCUCGCGGGCGUUCGCAGUGCAGUUUGAGAGCCCCGAGCGCUCCCCCAGCCUGUCCCGGCAGCUGCCGCGGUCCCCCCGACCCACCGCGGGCGCCAGGCUGGGCUGUCCCCCCAGCCCCAGGCACGUGGACACCUCGCUGCCCCUGGAGAAGCAGGCGUGGUACCACGGCCCCAUUGGGCGGGCGGGCGCCGAGACGCUGCUGGCGCUGUGCCGCGAGGGCAGCUUCCUGGUGCGGGACUGCGAGACCAGCCCUGACGACUACUCGCUCUCGCUGAGGCACGGAGUGGCCGUGGUGGGGACACCUGGGCAGAGGGGCUGGGCUGAGCAGCCCAAAAAAAACGGUAAACAGAUUUUGGGGCUGGCCCGCGCCGGAGCCCCCUUCCCCUCGGUGCCCGAGGCCGUGCGACACUACACGGCGCGGGCGCUGCCCGUCCGCGGCGCCCGCCACCUCUCCCUGCUCUACCCCGUGGCCGCGCAGCCCCUGUGA